UGAAUCUUAAACAGGCAUAAACCCUAAUUAAAUCACAUCAAAUCAGAAUCUUACAAAUCAACGGCUAUUCAAACCCACCGUCUUUGCCGUUCAGCAGCCACCUCCUCAUAUUUCAGUUCUAACAGCUGCCUUUUUCAGACAAAAAACACGCGCAUAUAGAUACACAAUACACACAAUAUAGAGAGAGAAAGGAUAACAACGCAGCCAUGUGUGGAAUUCUUGCAGUACUCGGUAUAGCGGAUAAUUCUCAGGCUAAACGUUCCAGAAUUAUUGAGCUUUCGAGAAGGUUGCGUCACAGAGGCCCUGACUGGAGUGGCUUGCACUGUCAUGAGGAUUGUUAUCUUGCUCAUCAACGAUUGGCUAUUGUAGAUCCUGCUUCAGGUGAUCAACCACUAUAUAACGAAGAUAAAACAGUUGCUGUAACGGUUAAUGGGGAAAUAUAUAACCAUAGGGAACUAAGGGAAAAGCUGAAGUCUCAUCAGUUCAGAACAGGAAGUGACUGUGAAGUUAUUGCACAUCUUUAUGAAGAAUAUGGAGAAGAAUUUGUGGACAUGUUGGAUGGGAUGUUCUCUUUUGUGCUUCUUGACACCCGUGAUAAAAGUUUUAUUGCUGCUCGGGAUGCCAUUGGCAUUACUCCACUUUACAUUGGCUGGGGUCUUGAUGGAUCGGUUUGGUUUGCUUCAGAAAUGAAAGCCUUGAGUGAUGAUUGUGAAAGAUUCAUGUCAUUUCUUCCUGGCCACAUAUAUUCAAGUAAAACUGGAGAACUCAGGAGAUGGUACAAUCCUCCAUGGUACUCAGAACACAUACCUUCAGCUCCUUAUGAUUCCCUAGUACUGCGAAAGGCCUUUGAGAAGGCUGUCGUCAAGAGACUUAUGACAGAUGUACCAUUUGGUGUACUUUUAUCUGGUGGACUGGAUUCAUCUCUUGUUGCUUCAGUGGCUUCCCGCUAUAUGAAGGACUCAAAAGCUGCCUUCCAGUGGGGGUCCCAGUUGCAUUCUUUUUGCAUUGGCUUAAAGGGUUCUCCAGAUUUGAAGGCUGCCAGAGAAGUAGCAGAUUAUCUUGGCACUCGGCACCGAUGGGGAACAAAUGAGAAAUUGAUUAUCCAGAUUCUGGCUCAUAGGAAUGCCGCACAACGCAAGUUGAUUACGGAAACAUAUGCUGCAACUUAUGGAGAAGAUCUUCUGAAAGACUUGGACAGUGAACUUUCAAAUGAUUUUCAGGUUUUUUCAGAAUCUUAA